AUGUUACAUUGUAUUGUUCGAUUGUCGGUUUUGCUUGAAGAUGUUCUAGCUACUGGUUAUUCAUCUUAUGGAAGUUAUCAUCCAUGUGAAUUAAGAGAUUUAUUGUCUGGUGCAACUGGUAAUUCUCAAGUUUUAACUAGCGUUUUAGCUAUUGCUGAAUCUAAUUCAUGGGAAUCAUUCUUUACUACUUUGAAUAAAUCUGUUACUUUUUUAUUCUUUAUUGGUGUCCGUUGUUAUCAAGUUUAUCCAAAUACCACUUUACCACCAUCAAUUUUACAAGAUUCUGAUGAAAAUGGUGAAGGUGUUACAUAUCCAAUGUUAUCAGUAUUAUAUGUUAGAGGUUCAAAGAGAUGGAUUGAUGUUUCAUUAAGAAACUUUGUUGGUUCAAUUUUACCUGGUGCUUUCCUUAUGGAUAUCAAAAAAUUAUAA